AUGCAAAUUCAAGAUGGUGACUUGUCCCCGAAAAGUUUGCGUGCCAAAAUGCUGCAGCACAAUGCAAAGCUGAUCUCCCAAGUCAACACAUUGCAGUACGAGAAGUCGACCUUGGUGGGUGAACAAGCUGGCAUCAAAAUGAAGCCAGAACCAUUCAGUGCUCUUCAGCAAAAACAAACAAAAUUUGAUGGCGGACUAGAAGCUGAUGAGAUCACUCAAAGAUUGUUGUUGCCUGUUGUGGCGGCAGAACGCUUGAAGCACGUGGAGCGCGAAAUCGCUGCAAGCGAGCAGCAGCAACGCCCACCAGCAAAUUUCUUCAAAGAGGUGUCAUUGACAGGUGCCAAAUUGAGCACGCUGCCAGAAUACAAGUUGCCUUGUAUAAUUCCACAGGCUGCAGCCUGCAAGGGCCCACUUUCAUUUUCCGUAGAUUGUGAUGAGUCUGGCGUCAUUACCAAGGUUGCUUGCCCUGAUGGUGAAGAUGCCUGUAACUUUGACACUUUUCUUGCAGAGGCCCAUAGGCUUGCGGCGGCUGCGAACCGCAGCACCUGGGUAUCUUCGACAGAGUUGGCGACCACCAUUCUGUGCGCAGGGCAAAAUCCAGCGUUCGACGGAGAGGCCCCACCAGAUGACGAAGAUAGCUUCGAUGAGGAGUUGCAUUCGCAAACCAAAGCAGCUGUAGCAAAACUUCUCCGCAAAGAAAUGCUUCAGUCCGAUGCCACGACAAGUUGCCCAGCAUCGGAGAACCUUACGCCUGAAAUGGCUGUGCAACAGCUGGAAGAGCUUUUUGACAGGAACGCCAACCGCGACGAGGCACAAGUCACAGAAAUUGACGUUCCUUUAGCGUGGAAAGGUCCUGCAGCGUAUGCCAAAUCUCUCAUUGAUAAGUUUCCUUUCAACCAGGAGCAGCUGGACUUGUUGGCCCUUCUAGUGAAUCCACUUGAAGUUGCGUGGCGAAACCGAGAAGAUACAUCUGUGUACACCUUGCCGGUCGACCUAGGAGUGGAUUUGGAAUUCUUGCCGCCCAAACCUUGCGCGGAGCAUUUGAUUUUCAACCGACACUGCGACCAGUGUGUGUCAUAUCCUGGAGUCAUUCAAGUGCUUUCAAAAACGCAAACGUGGUCUUACACCUUGCCAGACGAGAAAAUUUCAUUGAAGAUCAAGCGGACGGCAUUCCCACUCUGGCCAGAGAAGGCCUGCAGCCUAUACACGAUGCAAGGAACGACAGCGUCCCCCGGAUUAGUGGCGCACAUGACUUUGCCUGCCAGAUCACCGGCAGACAUCAAAUUCUUGGCUGUCUACGUGAUGCUUUCACGCCCUCGCUCCUUCAAGAACUUGUUGACGCUGGGGCUCAACGACAAAAUCCGAAACAUCAUCGAAAGCGGACCUCCUGAAGAACUCUUGGAAACCUUCGCAACCUUGUUUGGAUCCAAAGCUGACGAGACACGCGAAGCAGCCCGGGAGGCGGCUGAACAUUUGGGGUGGCAAGCUGGAGGCUGA